AUAUAAAUGCCUUGCACCUCAGGAACUCAUUACAGUAACACGCAAAGCAGAGUAGAUAGAAAUAUAGGGACACAGUUAGAAAAAGGCUGAGAGAGAACACUAAAAAUCACAGGAAUACUGAUAAUACAAAAGCUGAAAUUCUAGUAGCGAGAAACUUUGGAAAGCAAACAGAACCUGAUAACAGUUCAGGGAGGUUAAGCAAACAACAUCUAACUUUAAGAGAGACAGGGUAAAACCUCGGUUUAAAAAAUUUAUAUAUGUGACAUUUCAAAAGCAGUGCCUAGGGAUAAAGAAACAAGACAAGAACAUACUCUCAGUAUUCUCAAGAAUACAAAAAAGAGAUAUUUAAGCAACAGCAAAAAGAGAGAGAAACUUCAGGAAGCAGGAGUAAAAGGAACAAGAGAAUAUUACAGAGGACAUUUGUGUGGAGAUGGAAAAGGAACAGCUAAGCUAUGAAGAAGCCAUUCUGAGGGCAACUGAUGCUAUUCGUCGUUUUCCUCUAAUAGAUGUUGGGGGUAUCCCUCUCAUGAGCACCAUUGCUGAAAACUGGAAAUCAAUUUCGGAAUUCUGUCCUGACCCAUCAGACGUUCUCAUCUCUACUUACCCCAAAGCAGGCACCACCUGGACUCAAGAGAUAGUAGAUCUUCUGCUGCACAAUGGAGAUGCUGAGGUGUGCAAAAGAGCGCCAACAGUUGUCCGUAUUCCAUUUCUGGAGAUUUGCGCUCCUCCACCCAUACCAUCAGGGCUUGACUUACUUAGACAGAUGAAACCACCGAGAGUAAUCAAAACUCAUCUACCCAUUCAGCUAGUGCCUAAAGGAUUCUGGGAAAAUAAAUGCAAGGUCAUCUAUAUGGCCCGGAAUGCUAAGGAUAUCCUUGUAAGCUACUUCUACUUUGAUCGCAUGAACCUUACCCAGCCAGAGCCAGGACCUUGGGAUGGCUACAUUCACAAGUUUAUGAAGGGACAACUAGGUUGGGGCUCUUGGUAUGACCAUGUAAAAGGUUACUGGAAGGAACGCAAUGAAAGGAAUAUUCUCUACAUACUCUAUGAGGACAUGAAGGAGAAUCCUUUUAGGGAGAUCAAGAGGAUCAUGCACUAUCUGGACUUGUCUGUUUCUGAAGAUGUUAUAGAGAGGAUUGUGCAGCUGACAUCCUUCCAAGUCAUGAAGGACAAUCCAAUGGCUAACUACUCCUACAUCCCCAAACCUGUGUUUGACCAGUCUAUUUGUGCCUUCAUGAGAAAAGGAGAGGUUGGUGACUGGGUUAACCAUUUCACCCCAGCUCAAUCCCAGAUGUUUGAUGAAGACUACGCAAACCAAAUGAAAGAUGUGGACAUUCCGUUCCGCUUUAACAUUUGAUCCCUAAAUAAUAUAUGCAAUAUAUUACAGAAAUUUUGCCUAAUGUCAUUAGGUGUAACAUUCUACUCACCUGAUGUCAGUAACUGCAAAAAUAUGUAGGUAUUAUUAUUAUUAUUUUUUUUUCGAAAAAUUCUAAAUUUAUAAUUUCUUUAAAAUCUUAUAUCACACUUUAAGCAAUAUGCUUAUUAAUUAUGGCUUGAUUAUUUACAGUACAUUUAACAGGAUUGAACCUAAAGCCUAAAACCGUGGAAAUAAAGUUAGCUAUUUUCCAAAUAAAGAGUUAGGCAAAGUUAGCCAUUGAUCAGUGAGGGACUGGGAAUUAGAGUACAUGAUGGUGUUCAAUUUAAUUAAUUCUGAAAUGGUAUAAUCUUGCAGUUGAUAUAACACAGGUGAUGUUACACAAACCAGUAAUAAACUAAUACCAUAAAAGAAAACAGAAUUUAUUAAAUCCAUUAGUAAAUCAAUUACAUUGAUCCGGAUUCAUUAAUUACCUGGCUUUUGUUAGUCAAAGCAAUAUUACACAAGUCUAACAGGACUCAAUGUGAAAACAAGCAGUGUUAGGGUGGAGUAAAACAGUAUUUUCUGUAAAACUAAAUUUUUUUGUUCCAUCCAUCCAUUUUCCAAACCACUUGUCCUAUCUACAGUGAGUAUUACUUUCUGUAAAGCUGUUUUGAAAUGAUGUGUAUUGUGAAAAGCGCUAAUAAAUUUGACUUAACUUGA